AUGACCACCCGUCCGCUCGAGAGACGGGAGCUCGGCCGCGACUUGCGCCGAGCACGUACGAUUCUCAUAAAAAUCGGCACUGAGAUCGUACACUCGCCUCAAGGUCUCCUGGCCUUGGGACAUAUUGGAAACAUCAUCGAGCAGAUCGCCACGCUGCACAUGAGAGGACACGAGAUCAUUCUCGUGUCCAGUGGAUCCGUGUCCAUCGGCAAGAUGGUACUCCACCGUCAGUACCUGCUCUCUGGCUCCAUGCAGUCGCACCUUGGGGGUCACGUGGUCGACAAUGCCAACUUCGACGAGAAAGCGUGUGCAGCUGCAGGGCAGAGCGGGCUACAAAGUCUCUAUGAAAUGCUCUUUGGUCAGUAUCACUUGGCUUGUUCGCAGGUGCUGGCGUCGGACGCCGACUUCAAGGAGCCGCAGGUCCGAGCCAAUUUGCAACGCACAGUCCGUGCGUUGCUGGACGUGGGUAUCAUCCCUGUGAUCAAUGAGAACGACGUCAUUACUCGGCGCACGACGCCACUGAUGGAUGAGAACAAAAUAGCUUGGGACAAUGACUCGCUCGCGGCACUAUUUGCCCAAGAACUGAUGGUGGACUUGAUGAUUGUGAUCACGGACGUGGACGGAAUCUUCACAGGCACGGAGGUGGCUCGACAGCUGCUGUCAAGGUUCAGGCGCGGCGACAAACAGGUCAUUGCAACCGAGAGCCGUGUCGGAGCGGUCGGACAGAUUGACAAGCUGCACUCUUGCAUUCGUGCUGUCGAUAGUGGCGCUGUCCAGGCUGCAGUCAUUGCCAAAGCGGAGGAAGGAGCGUUGCUGCGGAUUGUAGACGGCCAGCAAGUUGGCACACUUUUCGUGGCGGAAGGGGAGCGUAUUGGCGACGUUGACGUGGAAGAGCAGCAUGCCGACCCUGUGUACUCGUGUAUCGCUUCGCACAAUCGGAGUUUGAUAAGCAAGCUGUAG